AUGAUGUCAAACACCCCAAGUUUCAAUGGAAAAGCACUUUCCACAGGCGUUUCUUGUCGCUCAGACAUCAUUUCUGGAAUUCAAAAAGUGGCUGAUGCUGUUAGUGUCACAUUAGGUCCUAAAGGCCGUACAGUCAUAUUAGACCAACCGUACGGCCCCGCACGCAUUACUAAAGACGGAGUUUCUGUUGCUAAAGCCAUCGAGUUUUCCGACAAAACCUUAAACGCUGGUGCAAAAAUAGCGAAGGGUGUUGCGAGUAAAAUCAACGACAAUUCAGGUGAUGGUACGACGACAGCGACUUGCCUGUUAAGGAAAGUUGUCAUGGAGGGGGUUCAAGCAGUUAACACUGGGUUACCGACUCCGGACUUACUCAGUGGAAUUAACACUGCCAAAAAAGUUGUUAUCGAUGAGAUCGUGAAACAGAGCAAGCCGAUCACAAAGAGUGAAGUUGUCUCUGUUGCGAGAGUGUCAGCGAACAACGACGAGAAGAUUGGAUCGAUGAUUGGUGACAUAUUUAGUAAAAUUGGGAAGGAUGGAGCUGUUGAUAUAGAGACUGGAAAGGCAGUGAAAGACAGAAUAAGUGUUGUUGAAGGGAUGGUGUUAGACCAAGGGUACUUGUCGCGAUACUUCACUACCGAUGACAAAAACACUAAGGUAGACAUUCACAAUGGCGACGUGAUUGUCUGCGACGCCAAAUUGGAGACAUCGCAACAAGUCGUCCCAUUGCUUCAAAUGUGCGUGAAGCGUAAAAGACCGUUAAUCAUCAUUGCAGAUACCAUAGACGGCGAUGCUUUGACAACUUUGGUUCUGAAUAAGUUAAGAGGACUUCCUGUUGCUGCUGUGAGAGCGCCAGGCUUUGGGGAGACUCGGAAAGGCAUAUUACAAGACAUUGGAAUCAUCACUGGAGCCACUGUCAUCUCCAAUGACACUGGAAAUAACACCGAAAAGAUCACAGAAAGUCAGUUGGGUAAAUGUGGCCACUUUGUAUCAAAUCAAGACGAAAGUGUGAUCACUGGAGGUGCUGGGAAGAAGUCCGAUGUCUUACAGCGUGUCGAUGAACUCCGAGAAGCACUUCGAAAAAGUGAAAGUUUAUAUGAGAAAGAGAAGCUUCAAGGAAGAAUUGCGCGCCUCACGGGUGGAGUAGCAGUGAUUAGUGUUGGAGGUUCUUCGGAGGCUGAAGUUGGAGAGAGGAAAGAUCGAAUCGAAGAUGCCGUCUGUGCGGUGAAAGCUGCUCUUUCGGAAGGGAUUGUUCCUGGUGGUGGAGUUGCUUUGAUUAAAGCCGGGAGUCAACUUGACAAACUCCGCACGAAGAAUUGGGCUGAGAAAGUUGGUGUAGAGAUCAUCAAAAAGUGUACCGAAGAACCCGCUCGCAUUAUAGCGAGAAAUGCUGGCAUGGAUGGAGGUGUUGUUGUACAAAAAAUCCGCGAGGGUAAAAAAGGGUUUGGGUUUGAUAUGAGAAGUGGCAACUUUGUUGAUAUGAUGCAGAUGGGUAUUGUUGAUCCGACAAAAGUGGUUCGGUCUGCGUUUGAUGAAGCUGUUUCUGUUGGUGCUUUAGUUGCGACGUCCGAUGUUUUAGUGACUGACGAAAAAGGCGAAGUUAAAAAAGAUUGA